AUGCCACUUGAUAGACUUCCUGCCUGGCUGUAUGCUGUGGCCUGUGGGCUCCUGCUUCUCCUCCUCCACGUGCAUGGCCAGGACUCAUCCAGCCCCAUCAGGAACACACACACAGGGCAGGUGAGAGGAAGCCUUGUCCAUGUGAAAGACAGUGAUGUUGGUGUCUAUACCUUCCUGGGAAUUCCCUUUGCCAAGCCACCUGUAGGACCACUGCGCUUUGCACCUCCUGAGGCCCCUGAGCCAUGGAGUGGUGUGAGAGAUGGGACCUCUCCACCAGCCAUGUGUCUGCAGACUGAUAUGAUGAAUAAUGAGGUUGUGAAGAUGAUGAAUUUGAACAUACCUCCCAAUUCUAUGUCCGAGGACUGCCUGCAUCUCAACAUCUAUACACCAGCUCAUGCCCAUGAAGGAUCUAACUUACCUGUGAUGGUAUGGAUCCAUGGUGGUGCACUUGUUCUGGGAACAGCUUCCAUGCAUGAUGUAUCCAAACUGGCAGCUACUGAAGAAAUAAUAAUUGUUGCUAUCCAGUAUCGCUUGGGUAUCCUUGGCUUCUUCAGCACUGGAGACCAGCACGCCAGAGGCAACUGGGGCUACCUCGACCAAGUGGCUGCCCUACGCUGGGUCCAGCAGAAUAUCGCCUACUUUGGAGGCAACCCUGGCCAGGUCACUAUUUUUGGUGGGUCAGCAGGUGGUACAAGUGUGUCUUCACUUGUUGUAUCCCCCAUGUCCAAAGGACUCUUCCAUGGAGCCAUUAUGCAGAGUGGAGUGGCCCUGCUGCCUGACCUUAUCUCUGACACAUCUGAGGUGGUCUACACAGCCUUCAUUAUGAUCCCUGGUGUGGUGGAUGGGAUGUUCCUACCAAGGCACCCUCGGGAGCUGUUGGCCUCUGUGGAUUUUCAACCUGUCCCCAGUAUCAUUGGUAUCGACAGUGAUGAGUGUGGCUGGGGAAUUCCCUCGUUGAAGGGACUUGAUCCUGUCAUAAAGAACAUAACCAGAGAGACCCUGCCAGGUAUUCUGAAGAGCACAGCAGCACAGAUGAUGCUACCUCCUGAAUGUAGUGACCUGCUAUUGGAAGAGUACAUGGGGGACGUUCAGGACCCCCAGACCCUCCAAGCACAGUUCAGGGAGUUGUUGGAGGACUUCAUGUUUGUGAUCCCUGCACUCCAAGUAGCACAUUUUCAGCGUUCCCAUGCGCCUGUCUACUUCUAUGAGUUCCAGCACCAGCCAAGCUUCAUCAAGCAUGUCAGGCCAUCCCAUGUGAGGGCUGACCAUGGUGAUCACCUAGCCUUUGUCUUUGGCUCCCACCUUUGGGGCAUGAAAGUUGACCUCACUGAGGAUGAGAAGCUGCUGAAUAGGAGGAUGAUGAAGUACUGGGCCAACUUUGCAAGACAUGGCAACCCAAACAGUGUGGGUCUACCAUACUGGCCCGAGUUGGCCCAUGAUGAGCAGUACCUGCAGCUGGACAUUCAGCCUGCUGUGGGUCGAGCCCUGAAGGCCAGAAAGCUGCAGUUCUGGACCAAGACUCUGCCCCAGAAGAUCCUGGAGAUAAAGGGGGCUCAGGUCAAGCAUGCAGAGCUUUAG